AUGCAUAAAGCAUUAGAAAACAGUUCAUCAGAACGAACCAAGGCUCUGUUGAAUAUCGAAGAUUAUCAUAAAAAAGCUAAAGAAAAAUUAGAAAAAAUGACAUACGAUUUUUACAGCACUGGUUCGGAUGAUCAAUUAACAUUAAUUGACAAUCAGGCAGCUUUUCGACGCAUUAAAUUGCGUCCAAAGAUGCUUAUCGAUGUAUCUUCACAUACAAAACAAGAUUCGACAAAUUGUCAAACACAAAUUUUAAAUUCAACAAUGACAAUCGGAUUUCCGUGUAUCAUCGCUCCAACAGCUUUUCAUCGAUUAGUCGAUAACGAAAAUGGAGAAUUAGCAACUGUUCGAGCAGCUGUAGCUCAUUCAACUAUUAUGUGCGUUAGUACAAAUUCAUCAACAAGUAUGGAACAAGUUGCUGAAGAACAUCGACGACAAAUUAAAGAAAAUUAUCCUCGUAGUACUUCAAAAUUAUGGUAUCAAUUAUAUGUAUUGAAAGAUCGACAAUAUACACAGAAAUUAAUCAAACGUGCAGAGAAAAAUGGAUAUUCAGCUAUACUUCUGACAGUUGAUACAAGUGUACCGGGCAAUAGAGAAUGUGAUGUUCACAAUAAUUUUACACUACCAGAUGGAAUUCGAGCUGAAAAUCUUGUUGAUAAAGAUAAUAAUUAUGUUUCAAAAAGUUAUCAUAUACCAUUUGAUCCAUCAUUGUCAUGGAAAGAUCUUGAUUGGAUACGAUCUAUCACAUCAUUACCACUGAUUAUCAAAGGUAUUAUUCAUCCUGACGAUGCUCGUCAAGCUGUUAGACAUGGUGUACAAGGUGUAGUUGUAUCAAAUCACGGUGGACGACAAUUAGAUACAUGUCUUAGCACAAUUGAUGCUUUACCAGAUGUUAUCAAGGCUGUUAAUAAUGAAAAUCGACAGAUCGAUGUCUUUGUUGAUGGAGGAGUGCGACGAGGAACAGAUAUUUUAAAAGCUAUAGCAUUAGGUGCAAAAGCUGUACUUAUUGGACGACCAGUUCUAUGGGGUUUAGCAGUAAAUGGAACACAAGGUGUAUAUAAUAUAUUAGAAAUAUUGAAGAAAGAAUUUCGAUUGGCGAUGAUGUUGUGUGGAUGUCAAACGAUAGAUGAUAUCAGAAAAAACGAUCUUGUAAUUACGAAUGUUGUUUAUAAUCCUUCCAAAUUGUAA